UCCGGAAGCGGAAGUGCACACAAGGUCAGGCGUGUUCCCAAGAUGGCGGCCCUCAGGGCUCUGCUGUCCGGCUGCGGGCGGCAGCUUCAAGGGUUCCUGACAGGUCCCGCCGCGACCGGCUGGUUUUGGCUUCCAGCCCGUGGGUUGAGAGAAGUGGUGGAGAUCCAAGAAGGGAAGACGACUGUAAUUGAAGGCCGAAUCACAGAAACUCCCAAGGCAACCCCAGAUCCCCCUAACCCCUCAGGACAGUGCCCCAUCUGCCGCUGGAACCUGAAGCACAAAUAUACCUAUGAGGAUGUGCUGCUGCUCAGUCAGUUCAUCCGGCCUCAUGGAGGCAUGCUGCCCCGGAGGGUCACAGGCUUAUGCCGGGAAGAACACCGAAAAAUCGAGGAGUGUGUGAAGAUGGCUCACCGAGCAGGUCUGUUCCCAGAUCAUAGGCCACGGCUUCCAGAAGGAUUCGUACCAAAGGAUAAACCCAAGUUCAACCGCUACCUGACUCGCUGGGCUCCCAGGUCCGUCAAGCCCAUCUACAAAAAAGGCCACCGUUGGAACAAGGUGGGUAUGGCCGUGGGGUCGCCACUCCUGAAAGACAAUGUCUGCUACUCCAGAAGACCCCUGAAGCUGAUGCAUUAAUGGGAGCGACACUGCUCAAGAUUCUGACUAGAGCCUUCUGGAUGAUGCACUUGCCUCCCACCAGAACCACUGCCCUCCACACACAGCGAGGGGACAAUGGGACUAAUUUCUGUUGCCUGGAUCUGCCCAGCCAUGGUACUGGCCACUGUGGUCUUCUGCCUGCCUUGGGCUGAGACUGGUCAGUGGCAAGAGUCUUACCCAAGGAAAUGUAAUAAAGCCAACUCUGGGUUC